AUGAGCUUGCUGGGGGCCUACAAAAAAAAGACUAGUUACGAUGGCUAUGAAUCUUUGCAGUUGGUCGAUAGCGGCGGAGAUAGCUUCAGUGUCGGCAGAGGGAGCGGCAGCAGCGGCGGUAGCGGCACAAUCGCAGGCUCCAUAGCGGCCACCCUCGGACCGAAGGCAGGCCCGCUGAGAGAGGAGGACUGCAGCACCAUGGACAGCUCAGAUAUGGAUGCCAACUAUGGCGGAGGACUGUUGGACAUGGUGAAGGGAGGAGCUGGGAAGUUCUUCAGCAACUUCAAGGACAACUUGAAGGACACGCUGAAAGACACCUCCACCAAGGUCAUGCAUCAGGUUGCCACGUACACUAAAGGGGAGCUGGAUAUUGCCUACAUCACAUCUCGGAUCAUAGUGAUGACCUACCCAGCAGAGUCAGUGCAGAUUGGCUACCAGAACCAUGUAGAGGAUAUUCGCUCCUUCCUGGACAGUCGCCAUGCCGACCACUACACUGUCUUCAAUCUAUCACAGCGUAACUACCGCGGCGCCAAAUUCUCCAACAGGGUUUCAGAGUGUAACUGGCCUUCUCGCCAGGCUCCCAGCCUCCACAACCUGUUUGCGGUGUGUAAGAACAUGCACAACUGGCUCAAACAGAAUCCCAAAAAUGUGUGUGUCAUCACCUGCUCGGACGGUCGUGCUCCCUCGGGUGUUUUGGUUUGUGCCAUGUUCUGCUUCUGCCACCUCUUCAACAACCCAGUUCCUGCAAUGCAGCUGCUCAGCGCCAAGAGACCAGGUUCCGGCCUCUGGCCGUCACACCGCAGGUACAUAGGCUAUGUGUGCAGCAUGGUAUCAGAGAAGCCCAGUCUACCACACUCCAAGCCCGUGAUGAUCAAGGGUCUCACCAUAACUCCGGUCCCCUGUUUCAACAAGCAGCGCAGUGGCUGUCGGCCCUUCUGCGACGUCCUCAUCGGGGAGACAAAGAUCUUCACCACUGCACAGGAGUAUGAGAGGAUGAGAGAGCACAGGGUUCAAGAGGGUAAGGUGGUUUUCCCUCUGGGUGUGAGUGUGCAAGGAGACGUCAUUGUUUCAGUCUACCACAUGAGGUCGACCAUCGGGGGACGUCUGCAGGCCAAGGUGUCCAACACCCAGAUCUUCCAGAUCCAGUUCCACACAGGCUUCAUUGCUCCUGGUACCACAAUGUUAAAGUUUAACAAACCAGAGCUGGAUGCAUGCGACUCUCCUGAGAAGUAUCCCCAGCUUUUCCAUGUGAUACUGGACAUGGAGGUGGAGGGGGUGGAUAAGCAAAAAGACCUGACGCCACCGUGGGAGCAGUUCCCCUGUAAAGACCUCAACCCCAAUGUGCUCUUCUCCUGCCAUCAGGAGCAUCAGGACGCACUGGCUAUUGCUGAGCCAAGUCGGCCUCACGGAGGUCCAGACAGUCGAGGCCACGGUGAGGAGAGCGAGCCCUCGGAUGAUGAGAUGCUCUCUCUCUCCAGCCAGCGAAGCAACGCCAGCACCGCGCCCCAGAGACCUGAACCCCCUGCUUCGAUGUCUGCCACACCUGCACCCGCAGAGGAAGUGGAUCUUCUUGGCCUUGAUGGGGAGGAGAUCAACCGGCCUUCCUCCCAUCCCCCGUCUGCUGCAGCCGCAACCACUGACCUCCUAGGGGACUUGUUUGGGGGCCCACCCCAGCCAACCAGUGGGGGGUCAUCUGCCCAGUCAACACCACAUAAAGUAGCCCCAAACACUGCCUCGCCAUGUCCCUCCCCUGCGCCAACAGCAUUUGAUCCCUUUGGAACCGGUCCCAUGCCUAAGCCUCAGGACAUGAUGGGUUCAUUCCUUGGACCAGGUAAUGUAGGACAGCCAGACCCCUUCCUGCAUGCUGCUCGCUCUCCAUCACCCACCCUGCAACCUACAAGCUUGGGCCGGAGUUCUCCCGUCCCGCCCACCAACCCAUCCGUCAAUGUUCAACAGCAAAAUGCAAAGGGAGGAUGGGACUGGAACAGACCUGCCACUACAAGCACAGGCUUUGGUAUGGGAAGUCGGUCAGCCACUACUAGCCCAACAGGCUCGGUCCACAGCACCCCCACCCACCAAACAAAGCCAAACACCCUGGACCCGUUUGCUGACAUAGGAAACCUCGGAGGAAGCCUUGGAGCAGGACCUGGCUUCUCCAGCAAACCCACCACUCCUACUGGAACUGCCCCUUCCCUCCCUCCCAUGGGCUCCCCAUCGCGACCUCCUCCGUCUCCCCAGCAUGCAGAAGGGUGGCAGCCCCAGACAGGAGCCGGCUUCCCCUCGUGGCAGCCAGGUGCUGCAGCCGGUGGAGGAUGGCAACACCAAGGACAGGGCCCUGCCCCGCAGCCAAAGCCCAGCCCCAGUCACACCCCCAUGACUCACACGUCGCCCCUGAACCGACCCAACUACAAUGUCAGCUUCUCUGCAAUGGGGGGAGGCUCGCCCAGCGCUGGGGCCAAAGUACAGGCUGGCAUGGGUUCUAAGCCCAAAGUCGCAAAUGCCAACUUUGAUGACCUGCUGUCUGGUCAGGGCUUUGCAGGGGCCAAAGAGAAGAAAGGGCCCAGGACUAUAGCAGAGAUGAGGAAGGAGGAGAUGGCCAAAGAGAUGGACCCUGAGAAAAUAAAGAUUCUGGAAUGGAUCGAGGGGAAGGAGCGUAACAUCCGUGCUCUGCUGUCCACCAUGCACACUGUGCUGUGGGAGGGGGAGACACGCUGGAAGUCUGUGGGCAUGGCUGACCUGGUUACUCCAGAACAGGUCAAAAAGGUCUACCGCAAAGCAGUCCUGGUCGUCCAUCCAGAUAAGGCGACAGGACAGCCCUAUGAACAAUAUGCCAAGAUGAUUUUCAUGGAACUAAAUGAUGCCUGGUCAGAAUUUGAAAGCCAAGGACAAAAACCCCUCUACUGAAUAAAUAGAGGAAGUGAGCGAGGAGAGGACAUCCCUCCUGAUUCUGUCAUCCAAUCCUAAAAAAUGUGUCACCAUUUCUGGUCAACAUACUACAGCCGCACCCUACGACAUUUGCCUUUAUACCUGUGCUUUGACCCGUACUUCUCUUCUCCCCACACACAAACAGUUAACAUCCAGUUGAUCUGCUGAGACGGCAAAAUACUUCAGAACUCCAGCGUCAAUAUGAACAGUGUGACUGAACAAAUGACUCCCCUGUAGCUCAAUUGUACCUACUUACCUACUUGUAUGUAUGUGGUGCAACUUUGCCCUUUCUCUGUU